AUGGUUAAAAGUGACGGUUCCUCGAGAAUCUCCCGUAAGGGAAAGGUUCGCCUAGGGAGCAUGCGCACUCGCAUCCUGACGUACAUCGAUGUCAGUCGGAGACAGGGGGCGUGGUCUUUGUCGGAGCGGGAGGGGGAAAGCCGGAGGAACAGCUUUCCGGGCGUGCGCAGUCCACCCGGCGACGGUGAGUUUAUCCCAGCAGUGGGGCCUGCGGCUGCGGACAUGGGCGCCGCCACUGCCGAAGCGGAUCGGACUCUCUUUGUUGGCAACCUCGAUUGUAAAGUGACGGAGGAGCUGCUCUUCGAGCUUUUCCAUCAGGCAGGUCCUGUAAUAAAAGUUAAAAUUCCAAAGGAUAAAGAUGGUAAACCAAAGCAGUUUGCGUUUGUGAAUUUCAAACAUGAAGAAUCUGUUCCUUAUGGAAUGAAUCUACUUAAUGGAAUAAAACUUUUUGGAAGGCCCAUCAAAAUUCAGUUCAGAUCAGGAAGUAGUCAUGCUUCUCAGGAGGUUAGUUCAUCAUAUUCCCAGCAUAAUCUUGGGAAUGCAAGUCCAUCUAGCAUACCACAGUCCACUUCAGCUUCUAGCAGAUAUGAAAGGAAUAUGGAUAACUUGACAUCUGGAUAUAAUGCUUCACAAAUGAUACAGAGGUCUUUCUCAUCUCCAGAUAAUCUUCAAAGACAGGCUGUGAUGAACAAUGUUCUGUGGCAGCAGCAGGGAUCAUUCAGUGGAAAGUUUGUACCUCAGCAUUUGGAUCAGCCUAGUUUUACACCCUCAGGGCAGCAGCAUGGUCAUUCAUUUAACCUCUCUUCAAGCUCCCAGUGGUGCCAGGAUACACCAGUGUCGCAAAGGAAAACCAGGCAGAAUUCCCAUCCCUACCAAUCAGAUAGGCUGUAUAGUCGCGAGCAGCGUUAUGGGGAUCAUGGAUCUGACCAUCAUUAUAGAGGAAAUAGAGAUGAUUCCUACUAUGAAGAUAGGAUCCAUGACGGUUGGAGCCAUGACUAUGAUAGCAGAAGAGAAAACAGUAGGGAUGGAAAAUGGCGCCCAUCCCGGCACUAAAGUAUUAAGAUGAACUUUAAAAGAAAAAAGUGGCUCGGAUUAGGCCCUUUUUUUGGCUAUGUUGAUGUGGAAAUGACUUCUUUGAAAACUGUAGAAAACAGCUCUGAAAGUUGCUACAUUUCCUUUUUAAAAAUUUUUAACUUACCUGCAGUAUAAUACAAAGAGGAAAAAAAAAAUAGUGGUUCCAGUUUUAUUAUAUUAACAGCCUUUCACCUCAGGGUUUUAUGAAGAGGAAAGGUUUUUUUUGCAAAAGAAAGUGCCACAACUCCUAAUCAUUGUAGUAAGUUUAGGAAAACGGGUGGAUUGUAAAGUUUGGUUGUAUUAUAAAGAAAAUAUUUUAAUUAUUUGUAACUUUUUGUAGUGUAACACAAUUGUCUUGGUAGUAAAUCCUAUUUUGGUGUGUGUGUAGUAGAAUACAUCAAAGUUGAUAGCCCAAAGUGGCUAUCUGUAUUUUGUUAUUAAACAGAAAAAUAUUACUUUUUGAUGAUCCAUUUUACUGCAAAUAAUAUUCAAGCAAAAAAAAAUCCUUGUAAAAGGGGAUGAAUCAUAUUGGUUUAACUUUUGAUGGAACUUAAAUUUAAGUUCUGUAAAGUUUCUUUGAAUUUACCUGAAUUGAAUUACACUGUAUUCAUACAUAUUCAUCAGUAGAUUUAUUCUAAAAAUUAAGAAUUUUCAUGAAAUCAUGUUUGAUAUUGCAAAAAAUUACUCAGGAAGUAUUAAAUCUCUCCAAGGGUAUGUUUUUUUGUUGUUUUUUGUUUUUAACAUUUAAAAGACCCUAGUGAUAUUCAUGUGUACCCUUUCCCCUCCCCCCCAAUAAGUUUUAUCAUUGCGUAAGACAAAAUAGUUACACAUUUUAUUGAAAUAUACUUUUGGGUUUUAAGUGCCCAGUGAAAAUAUAGUUGUCUUUUAAAGUGGAACUCUAGUUUGCUUAUCUACUUGAUAAGCACUUAAGAAAAACUAGUCUUAAAAUUCAUCUGAUUUUAAGAUCUUGUUUAAUGAACAGUUUUUAGGUGUCAGAAUUAUACUGUGUUUCCAUUUACAUAUAGAAAAUAAACUUGUUUGUAAAAGUACAUUCCUUCAAAAGUUUGGAACACUUGCUUACUAAAGAAUCAAGCCAUUUCUUUCAUGUGUUGCUUUUUAUUAUUAGACAUUUGUCCAAGAAAAAGUUUUGUUAUCUUGUCAAUGAAUGAAAGCAGUUGCAUGUGAAAGAUUAGGCCUGCCCCUUUAUUUCGGUUUCAUACAUCAGUUGGCUGAAAGUUAAGGUGAUCAUUUUAACUUAGUGUCUGUUACCUGUGCCCUGAAAUAAGUGUCAUACCUUUUUAACUUAGCUUUUAUUUAAUCAAUAAUUCCAGUACUGUAUACUAAUUAAAUGGAUCAUUUCUGCUCUCUAGGAGUUAAGUGUGAUUUUACUUGUCCAGGUUUUCAUAUCAUAAAAAGCACUUUGUAAAACUUAAUAUGUCAGCUAUUGUCUGUAUUAUGGAAAAAUUUGGACAUGUGUACACAUAGAUGCUACACACACAUAGGUAAAUAUAUAUAUAUAUAUACACACACACACAUACAUAAUACAUAUAAACAUCAUUUAUAAGACACAGUAAGGCCCCUGAGUCCAUGGGUUAUAUGUUCCAAGAUCUACCAUAGAUAGUUGACACUACAGAUAAAAACAAAAUACCCGCUGACCCCAUAUAUAUGUGCUCCCUCCCUGUUCCUGCUCCUUGGCUGAACCUACUCUGUGGACUCCCUGCCUCUAAAAAAGACAAAACCCCAGCCCUCUCUCCCCACCCCCCCAAGUGGAGUUGAAAGCAGAAGCGUCUAUAGGUGGCCCUCUCCAGCUUUGCUUUGGUGAUAAUGGUGAGUAACUGAAACUGGGAAAGUGAAACUGGAUAAGGGAUUCAAUCCACUGUAUAUAAAUAAAAAUUACAGGUAUUAUUCCCAUUUUACAGAUGAUAGGCUCAGAAGUUAAAAGACUUGCCAAUGGUUAUAUAGCUAAUAAUUUCUGGUGUUUUGAUUUGAGCCCAUGUCUCCUGACUCCUAGGCUAGUGUUCAUUCUACUCUACCACCCGAUGGCUCUGAUAGGUGAGCUUUUGCCUUAUCUGUUCUGGAGCCAGUUCUCCACUUUGCUUUCUAGCCAUCAUCUUCAUCACUUGCCCACUUCCCAUCGCAAUAUUAGACUCUGUCCCUGGAUCUUCCAGCUUUGUCAGGUGAGCUUUCAUCUUUAUUAUACCAGAAACCAGGCUUCUAUGGCACAACCCAGCAACCCUCUCUACCUCUUCCAAAUCUCUUACUUUGUAGUUUCCCUUUAUGUGUUGUCUUCCUCCAUUAAAAUGUAAUCUCUUUAAGGUCAAGGACAGCCUUUGGUUGCUUGUAUUUGCAUCCCAACUAUAUCAAAUAGUACCUGGUACAUAGUGCUUAAUAAAUAUUCUAUGUUUUUAA